UAUGCGCAUGCGCUAGGUGGUCGGUCUUUUCCGCCUGUUAAAGGCCCGGAGCUGAAAUUCGCUACCUGGAUCUCCCGGAAUAAAACCAAAUUGGACACCUAAACAUGGGGUUUGUUAAAGUGGUUAAGGACAAGGCAUACUUCAAACGGUACCAGGUGAAGUUCAGAAGAAGGAGAGAAGGAAAAACUGAUUACUUUGCACGUCGCCGCUUGGUGAUUCAAGACAAGAACAAAUAUAACACUCCCAAGUACCGCUUGAUUACACGUUUGUCUAACCGGGACAUCACUGCACAGAUAGCGUACGCCCAAAUUUCAGGGGAUGUGAUUGUGUGUGCUGCAUACUCUCAUGAGCUCCCGAAGUAUGGCGUGACAGUCGGGCUGACAAACUAUGCUGCGGCAUACUGCACUGGCCUUCUUUUGGCACGCAGGCUCUUAAAAUGCUUUGGACUCGAUGGAGUCUACGAAGGACAAUUGGAUAUCUCUGGGGAUGAGUACAAUGUUGAGAGCAUUGAUGGUAAACCAGGAGCUUUCACCUGCUUUCUGGAUGCUGGGCUUGCAAGGACAUCCACUGGGAACAAAGUAUUUGGCGUGCUGAAGGGGGCUGUGGAUGGGGGGCUAUCUGUUCCUCACAGUAUGAAACGUUUUCCAGGGUAUGACAAUGAGAGUAAGGAAUUCAGUGCAGAAAUGCAUCGACGAAACAUUUUUGGCCUUAAUAUUUCUGAGUACAUGACCCUGCUGCAGGAAAGUGACAGUGAAGCUUAUCACCGGCAGUUCUCACGCUACCUGAAGAAUGGUAUUACUCCAGAAAAGGUUGAAGAAAUGUACAAAGCUGCUCAUGCUGCAAUUAGAGCUGACCCUGCACACCAGAAGGCUCAACCAAAGGAGGUUAAGGUGAAACGCUGGAAUCGGGCCAAGAUGUCUCUAGCCCAGCGCAAGGAUCGUAUCGCACAAAAGAAGGCCAGCUUUCUACGGGCGCAAAAACUAAUUGCUGAAAAUGAGUAACCUGGGUUUACACCCAUGACAACAGAAAGCUAAAAUGUCAUUUGACAGCUACAAUAAAGAAAAAUUUGAAUGACAACUACAA